GCCCGCCCGCCCGGCGGUGGCGGCAGAAGCAGCGCAGCCCGCGGGAUGGAGCGGCGGCGCCGGGGCUGAGCCGGGCGCGCACGGGCUCCCGCAUGUGCUGCGCAGGGAGCAGCUGCCAGGCGGGCGGACAGCGAGUGCCAGAGGCCCCGACGGAGCAGCCGCGGGAGCGAGCGCCGGAGAUGGGAGAACAGCCCAUAUUCACCACACGGGCGCACGUCUUCCAGAUCGACCCCACCACCAAGAAGAACUGGGUGCCUGCGAGCAAGCAGGCCGUCACCGUGUCCUACUUCUACGAUGUCAUCAGGAACAGCUACCGGAUCAUCAGCGUGGAUGGAGCCAAGGUGAUCAUCAACAGCACAAUCACACCCAACAUGACCUUCACCAAAACGUCGCAGAAGUUCGGGCAGUGGGCCGACAGCAGAGCCAACACGGUGUUUGGUUUGGGGUUUUCGUCGGAGCUGCAGCUGACGAAGUUCGCAGAGAAAUUCCAGGAGGUGAAAGAAGCUGCCAGGCUUGCCAGAGACAAGUCGCAGGAGAAAAUCGAGACGUCCAGUAACCAUUCCCAGGCCUCCAGUGUCAACGGGACCGACGACGAAAAGGCAUCGCACGCCGGCCCCGUGGAAACCCACCUCAAGUCCGAGAACAACAAGCUGAAGAUCGCGCUGACGCAGAGCGCCGCCAACGUGAAGAAAUGGGAGAUCGAGCUGCAGACCCUGCGGGAGAGCAACGCGCGGCUGACCACGGCGCUGCAGGAGUCCGCCACCAGCGUGGAGCAGUGGAAGCGGCAGUUCUCCAUCUGCCGGGACGAGAACGACCGGCUGCGGCACAAGAUUGACGAGCUGGAAGAGCAGUGCAGCGAGAUCAACAGAGAGAAGGAGAAGAACAUCCAGCUGAAGCGGAGGAUCGAGGAUCUGGAAUCCGAGCUCCGAGAGAAGGACUCGGAGUUGAAAGAUCUCCGGAAACAGAGCGAAAUCAUACCUCAGCUCAUGUCGGAGUGUGAAUACGUCUCUGAGAAGCUAGAGGCAGCCGAGAAAGACAAUCAGAACCUGGAGGACAAAGUGCGCUCCCUGAAGAUGGACAUUGAGGAGAGCAAGUACCGGCAGCGCCACCUAAAGGUGGAGCUGAAGAACUUCCUGGAGGUGCUGGACGGCAAGAUCGACGACCUGCACGACUUCCGCCGCGGCCUCUCCAAGCUGGGCACCGACAACUAGGGCUCCCGGCCCCCCGGCCCCCGGCCCGGGAGCCGCAGGUGUGUGUGUGCGCGCGGGCAGCCGGGGCCGCGGACAGGUCCGGCCGCCGGCGUCGCCUCUGUCCACGCGGGCGCAGCCGGGGCGCGGGUCCCAGGCCGCCGCCGAGCCCCCUCCUCCGCGCCCGCUGCCUCCGCCGCCUCCGGGAUCGCGGGCUCCUCUCGCUCCGCUCCUCCGGCCUUUUCGAGGCCGGGGCCACCCUGGAAGAUUCUGACUCAGGAAUCCAGACUAGGUCUACCUUAAACGUUUACGCAGUCAGGGCAGGGAUGUUUAUAUCUUUCUUAAGGGUUUGUGCAGCCCCAUGAGCUGAAAUGAGUUUUCUAAUCCAAAUGUGAGUACCCUUUACACCUCCUGUUUUGUUUUGUUUUGUUUUUUUUUUUGAACGGCAUUCGGGGUAUCGGGAUGUCCCCCAGGCGCCCGAGCGUGGCCGCGGUGGAGGUAAAAGCUCCCUCCCCAUAGCUCGGGGACCUUCUGCCCCCUCUGCCCCCUCAUCCCCGCCCCAGUUGUGAGGCUGCGACCACGCUCCUUUCCUUGGUUUGAUUCUCUGAGCAGAUGGCUGUGCCGUGGCGCGGCAGCACGCAGGGAGGGGCGCCUCGCACACAGUAGGUGCUUAAUAAACACUCGUUCGAUGAAACAC